GCUCCGCCCUCGAGGGCGGGGAGCUAGCUCCGGCCACCGGCAGCUGGAGCUCGGCUGGUUCCGGGUUGGGAGGCUGCUCUCGGACCGGAGCAGUGGCCGCCGAGCCCUCCGGGGUAAGGGACCGCGCGGGGCCCGGGCUUGGGGCCAGGAUCGGGCAGCUGAGCGGGCUGGCAGCCUCCUCUUCUCUGCCGGCACCGUCGCGGCGCGGCUCGGCCUGGCUUUACCUCCCCCGGAACCCUCCACUCUCAUCUUCCCCUUCCCCCACCGCCCCCAUCCUGGGGUUUCAUCUCCCUCAAGGCCUCUGACCCCCUCGUGGAUCCCCUUCUCUCAGCACCCAUCCCUUCGAACUGUCCUCUUCUCUAGAACCUCCUCGCCAGAAGUCCCUUCCGUCAGACAACCAGGCUUAGACCUCCUCCCAGCAUCAGUCGCUCCGGGUUACCCACUGCCUCAAGACCACUCCCCCAGGCUCGCGUACCGAAUAGCCCCUAGUCCCCGCACCCUUUCCUCUGCGUUUCCACCCUCCUGGACAGCCCCUUCUUCCAUCCCCCGUAGUCCCUACCCUUGCUUCUUUCGGGCUCAUCCCUGAACCCUUGCCUCGGUGCUGACCCCGACGGCGUCGCGCGCUCUCAGCCGCCCCCCGCCCGGCAUCUCGCCCCCACCCCCUCUCCGCCCCCGACGCCAUGGCGUGCAGCCUCAAGGACGAGCUGCUCUGCUCCAUCUGCCUGAGCAUCUACCAGGACCCGGUGAGCCUGGGCUGCGAGCACUAUUUCUGCCGCCGCUGCAUCACCGAGCACUGGGUGCGGCAGGAGGCGCAGGGCGCCCGCGACUGCCCGGAGUGCCGGCGCACGUUCGCUGAGCCCGCGCUCGCGCCCAGCCUCAAGCUGGCCAACAUCGUGGAGCGCUACAGCGCCUUCCCGCUGGACGCCAUCCUCAACGCGCGCCGGGCCGCGCGGCCCUGCCAGGCGCAUGACAAGGUCAAGCUCUUCUGCCUCACGGACCGCGCGCUGCUCUGCUUCUUCUGCGACGAGCCCGCGCUGCACGAGCAGCACCAGGUCACCAGCAUCGACGAUGCCUUCGAGGAGCUGCAGAGGGAGCUGAAGGAGCAGCUUCAGGCCCUUCAGGACAGCGAGCGGGAGCACACAGAGGCGCUGCAGCUGCUCAAGCGCCAGCUUGCGGAAACCAAGUCUUCCACCAAAAGCCUGCGGACCACCAUCAGUGAGGCCUUCGAGCGGCUGCACCGGCUCCUGCGUGAGCGGCAGAAGGCCAUGCUAGAGGAGCUGGAGGCGGACACGGCCCGCACCCUCACCGACAUUGAGCAGAAAGUCCAGCGCUAUAGCCAACAGCUGCGCAAGGUGCAGGAGGGGGCACAGAUCCUGCAGGAGCGGCUGGCGGAAACUGACAGGCACACCUUCCUGGCCGGGAUGGCCUCGCUGUCUGAGCGGCUCAAGGGGAAGGUCCACGAGACCAACCUGACAUACGAAGAUUUCCCGACCUCCAAGUACACAGGGCCCCUGCAGUACACCAUCUGGAAGUCCCUGUUCCAGGACAUCCACCCAGUGCCAGCUGCGCUGACCCUGGACCCGGGCACAGCCCACCAGCGCCUGAUCCUGAGUGACGAUUGCACCAUCGUGGCUUACGGCAACCUGCACCCUCAGCCGCUGCAGGACUCACCCAAGCGCUUUGAUGUGGAGGUGUCGGUGCUGGGCUCCGAGGCCUUCAGUAGUGGCGUCCACUACUGGGAGGUGGUGGUGGCGGAGAAGACCCAGUGGGUGAUCGGGUUGGCACACGAGGCCGCCAGCCGCAAAGGCAGCAUCCAGAUCCAGCCCAGCCGCGGCUUCUACUGCAUCGUCAUGCACGAUGGCAACCAGUACAGUGCCUGCACCGAGCCCUGGACGCGGCUCAACGUCCGCGACAAGCUUGACAAGGUGGGCGUCUUCCUGGACUAUGACCAAGGCCUGCUCAUCUUCUACAACGCGGACGACAUGUCCUGGCUCUACACCUUCCGCGAGAAGUUCCCCGGCAAGCUCUGCUCCUACUUCAGCCCCGGCCAGAGCCACGCCAAUGGCAAGAAUGUGCAGCCGCUACGGAUCAACACCAUCCGUAUCUAGCGCGGGCCGCAGGAGACCACAGCCUCCUGGGGCCAUGGUCGUAGGCAAGAGCCCUGCCCAGGAGACAGGAGACCUGGACUAUGGCCGGGCUUGGCCAUCCUGAAACCUCAGGCCACCUGUUUACCCUUCAACCUCCAUUUCCCUAUCUGUCAAAUGGAGGCUGUGUCCCAUGGUUCCUGGGCUUUCCCCAGCACUGAUGUUCUGUAGCACUGACCUUGAUGGGGAUGCAGGUUUGGUCCAAGGAUGUCACGUGGCUUCUCUUAUGAUCAAGCCUUGCCCAACCCUCAUCCCCAUCCUCUCAGAGGCAGGGCUUGCCCCCACCUGCAUCCCACCCCCAUAUCUCCCUCCUGACCAGAUGCCCUGGACUCAGGAUGUGUCAGAAUGUUGCUAGUAGAUGGGCCAACCCAAAAAGACACAGAACCCUCUUAUGCCCCAUGACCUAAGUCUUGCCCCUGACCAAGCUAGUGAUGGGCCAUUUGACUCUUGACCGCAGACCACAGUGGACACAGGCAGUAGUUGGGCCUGGGAUUUUCUGAGAACCACCCUCAGACCAUGAGCUGCAUGGUUCCUUCUUUUCCUACUGAUCUGUAGGUCAGAGAUGAUGCUGUGCUACCUGUGAGAGGGUACUGAUGUGUGGAAGGCAUCCAGCAGUUGAGCCCACAUGUAAUUUACCUGCCCACUGGCCUAAGGGCAGGGUGAAGGCACACCCCAAGGUUGGUGCAGAGCCUAUUGGCUCAGAGGCACUUGCGGGACAAGCAUCACUGAUGAUCAGGUUCCCAAUCAGCUCUGGGCAAGGGUCUGGCCAGCCCUUGUCACCUAGACCACUGUGACCAACUAGGGUGUGGGGAGGCUGCUAGAAGCAGUUGUUUUAGGCAGGACCUGAGCACUGGGAGGUGCCACUGGCUAGAACCCCCAAGUCAUCAGACUUGGCAUCUGUCUCAGUCAGGAUCCAUUUGCAAACAGCAGGAGCCGCUUCAGCUUGUUCAAGCAGAGGAGAAUUUAUUCCCAGGUCCCUGAUAACUUGCAGAAUCAUUGGAAAUGCUAGAGGAGAAGAUUCUUUGCUCCCAGACUCAUCAUGUGUCUGUUAUGACCAGGAAAGCUGCUCACACCUGCGGGAAGCUGCAGUGUCAGGAAGUCACUGACUACAGAACUGAGCUUCCUCUGCCAACAUCCAGGCAGCCAAUGUAUUUGCUGAGGCCUGCCUCUCUCCCACUUAACUCAGUUCUUGAAUCCAAGUCUGUCUGAUGUAUCUAUUUGGGGACACCUAAGCCAGAUCCAGAACCUUAGCUGCAAGGGAGUCUGGGUUUUGUCAUUUUCAUCUUUCCAGACUUAGCAAAAGAAAGCUGGAAUGGAUGCUGUGCAAACCCAUCUGCAGUUUUCAUCACAGCAUCCAACACUGAAGAACCCAGGAGAGCCUGGAGUCUGCCUCUAGGCAUAAUUUUGGGGCAGCCUAUACUUGAGGUAUCAUCCCUGCUGGGGCUGGGACCUGAGAACCAAACUGAAAUGUCCCCCAGCCUUGGCUUUUCUUUCUAGUCCUGGGGUCCAGAUUCUGAACUUGGGGUCUUUGACCACACCUGUUCCAAGGGCACCAGAAGCGCUCAACUUGGGGAGUUCCCACCUCACAACUGCUGCCCACUGGGGCUUCCCCUCAGUGGGAAGAAUCCUCAACCCCACCACACUCCUUCAGCUACCAGAUCUCUGGGUCAUCCCCAAGAGUAUUUUUAUUUAAAAUGUUGCCCAUUUUGUGAGUUAUGAUGAAUUUGUAUUAAAUUAAAGUUA